CUCGGUCACGACUCGACUAGCCGACUGUUGCUUUGCCUUUAGCUUUAUCUUCUUUUGCGAUCUUCUGCCAGGUACCUAUGCCUACUUUUAAAUUGUACAUGUGGCCACCAGGCAGCAGUCACCAGGCAGUCACCAGGCAGCAGUCACUACAACUAAGUUACUUUGUAGCCCUGUUGUUUAUCUGAGCUCGUCAUUGUAAACUUGUAUCCUGGUAUCACGACCAGGCACUGAGUCAGUGAGUGGAGGUCGUAGCCGAAGGCGCUCGGCGGAGGUCUGGAACGGGCGCUCGCUAAUGCGUGCGCGUAUGCACUAGGAAGAAGUGAGGCACCGCACUGCGCGCACCUCCGAAGACUGUACUGACAGGAACGACGUAUAGACACCACGUUCGAAAGCAAUGGAUCCUAAGGAUAAAGACGGCCCCCCACUCUACGGCUAUGAUGUCCAAACUGUUCGCCCAUUUCCUGAACAUUUACGGUGCCCGGUUUGCUUGCUCGUGCUGAGGGAUGCAGUGGUGAUUGACUGUGGUCAUCGUUUCUGCAGAUCCUGCAUCAAACCCGUCAUUGAUAGUGGAAACAAAAUAUGCCCUUUGGACCAUGAGCCUGCGGAUACUGCGUUUGCAGACCCUUUUGCGAAGCAUGAAAUUGCCAAUUUAGAAGUGUACUGCUCCAUGAGCACAAAAGGCUGCACGUGGACUGGCAAACUGCGCAACAUAGAGGAUCAUUUGGCUGUGUGUGAGUACGUCACUGUGCGCUGUCCCAACGAGGGUUGUAGUGAGACCAUGCAUCGUAAUCAACUCAACCACCACGUUACCGAUGUUUGCCGCUAUACGCCUGUCCCGUGCGCGCUCUGUAGCGUGCUUGUACCACAAGCGCUUACGCCUGACCACAUUGCGCAGGAGUGCAUCAACGCUGAGGUACAGUGUGCAAUGUGCAGAAACCAGAUCAAGCGUAAAGAACUGGUGCAGCACAUGGCUGAGGACUGCCCUAACAAGACAGUUGUCUGCCCUUACCAUCAGUACUCUUGUGCGUUUGAGGGUACUCGUGAGCAGGUGGAUAGACACUGUGAGAGCCAGAAGGAACAUCAUAUGCACCUGGUUUCCCAGCAGACCAAGUCACAAGAAGGAGAUGCUGCUGCUGUGCCCAGUAUCAGUGAACUCGAAGCAGCAGAGCAGGAGGCAGCCCGGUUGGGCGGUACAACCGUCAUCCAUUUCCUGCACGUGGCAAUACUUGGUGCGGCGCGCGUUGGAAAGACCAGCUUGCUGAAGGCAUUGCUGGAGAAGAUGUACAAUGAAAAUGAACUCAGCACGCCCGGCAUGCGAACGUCCUACGCAACUACAAACAUCUCUGCUGACUGCCGAUUCAUCGAAUGCCCAGACAUGCCAGAUGCCCUGAGCCGACUCUAUGUCAUCACCAUGAUGUGCAAAUCAUCCACUUCGAAUCAUCCCCAAGAUAAGGAGACGACACAAGACGAGCAGGAAAGAGCCACAGCAGAAGAGGAUCCUGUGGCUGGGACCCAUGCAGGACCUAUGGAGGACAAUAGCAGCAGCAGCAGCAGCAGCAGCGCAGCUAACAACAGACAUUCCCAGCCCACGGCCAUCCACCUGCAGCGCGACGAGCCAGCAAUGCGCGAGGAAAUCCACGAGACCAUCACAGGAUUUCUCAACGCAGACAGGGUAAAGUACAUCUCUGACCGGGCCAACACGCCCAACUAUACCGUCAUCACAUUCCGCGACCUUGGAGGUCAGCAGGUCUACCAAUCCGUGCAGCCCCUCUUCAUGGCCAAAAACACAACCUUCAUUGCCACAUACAACUCUUCUCUGGACCUUCUGGAGGCCCUUCCCAAGCUCGAUGAAUUGCAGGUCAGCCGGGAGGAGUGUAUCGAGCGGGCCACUCUGCCGGCCGAUGCCACUCGCCUAGACCAACUGCUCGGCUGGCUCGACAUACUGCUGCUGAAUGCGAAAGCUGACAGCAACAGCACAGACCAGAGUGCUGCAGAUGAUGUGUUUGUAGUGGGAUGCCAGAGUGACAGGUGGAAUAGAACUGAUCUGCCUGAUCCUUGUAAGCUACUCCACGAGAAGAUCAAAGGUUCACCAUACCAAAACCUUGUCUGGAACGAAACGUCGCACUUCAAAAUCGAUAACACCAGAUCCACUGGCAGUGCAGCACAACCAGAUGAGCUACAGCGACUGAGAGAGGCCAUCAUCGACCGCUGCCAGAAGAGCCAACGUAACAUCCCUGUUCCGUGGCUCCGAUUCUGCAUAUCCAUACAUUCACUCAAGCAGGAGGUCAUGCGGCCUUGGAUUUCCUUCGAGGAGGCAAAAUUCAUAGCAAAGCAAGUCAAGGCCGUUCCAAGUGACUACAGUGACCGGCAAAUACAGCAGCUGCUUAAGUACUGCCACGAAGCAGGCCACCUGGUGUACUUCUCAACUUUCAAGCUGAAAGACACGGUCAUCCUCGACCCACAGUUCAUUCUGGACUGUGUCAAUGCCUUUGUCUACCUGAAGCCUGACCGGGACAUCACAGUGAACGAAGCGCGGCGCUAUCAUUCUGGGUUCAUGACGGAGUCCCUGGCACGCAAAGCUCUCAACAAGAUGUUCGAGGAUCCGUCUUACUUCGACCAUGCUAAGGCGUGGCAAGCAGUCAAAGCAAGCAGUGAUGGGUUCAAGCUCAUUUUCGAAAUCCUGGAGUGGCUCUCAGUGCUGGCAAUUGUGCAGGAUGAGAGCUCUGCCGAGCACGAGUUUAUUGUACCUGCAGUCGUCGAGGACAUGGACAUGCCCCCACAGACGCCCUCCUGUUCCUGUGCGUACGUGUCUUUGAAGCACGCAAGCCGCGAUGAAUGCAUGCGCUUCCCCGUAUUCCUUUAUUGGCAAUGUGUGGUGGAGGCGCUGCUGAAGUCGCGCAAGCGCUCGGCUGCCACGCUCUCACGGUGCAGCGUUCGCCUUCGCUGGAACAGCGAGUGGCCGUGGCUGAACCUGCACUAUACACGCUACGGCUUACAAGUGUACGUCGAGUGCAAGGGCCGACACGACGGCAGCGGAAAGUCUGCGCUGGAGGAAGUCAAGGCAAUCGUGCUCACCGUGCUACGGAAGUGGAACCUGCAGGCCGAAGUGAUUAGCUCCCUGCCGUGCCCCUGUGGAGAAACAUCAGAGGUGGAGUGUUUGCAGCACGGCCUGUCUACGUGCUGCACGCCAAGCUGUGCGCAUGCCUUGGAUGCAUCCACCCUAGUGGCUGAAGACUAUCCUCUGUGUACACGUUCAAAGCCGGAUACACAGAUGAUCCGUGAGCAGGCCAAGUUCUGGCUGGGCCUUGAUCAGGAUGCACGCGGAAUGCUGUUUGACCCGAGAUCGGCCUCUCUUCCUUCUGCAGACACCUGGACCAGCGUGGACAGUAGAAGUGGUGGUCACGGCGUCAGUGGAAGUGGUGGUCACGGCGUCAGUGGAAGUGGUGGUCACGGCGUCAGUGGAAGUGGUGGUCACGGCGUCAGUGGAAGUGGUGGUCACGGCGUCAGUGGAAGUGGUGGUCACGGCGUCAGUGGAAGUGGUGGUCACGGCGUCAGUGGAAGUGGUGGUCACGGCGUCAGUGGAAGUGGCCGUCAUGGCGCUGAUGGAAGCGGUGUUCACGACUCUGAUUUCAUGUCACUUGGUGCCAUUGGUGAAAAGACGAUCGAUCUAAUUGACGACUGGUCUGCGUUUGUUAGCUCGAUGGAACCGUUCAUCGGGGGAGAGGAGGAAGGUGAUGAGAGAGCAAAAUGCGGAAAAGCGGCUGUUGAGCUGGUGGAUCCCGCACACAAGAACCAGUACACAACUAUCCUGAGAUCGUUUCACGAGAUGAAGAAAGGAUACAUCAGAGGCACGGGCAAAGGGGAGAACAACCUCUUCUGCAUCCUGUUGUAUCUCAUGCAACGUCCGGCCACGACUGUCCAACAGCUGUUUAACCUGCUGGCUGCUAGUGCCAAGCAUAAUCGCCGCCGUCUCUUCAGCACAAUCAAGAAUGCCAAGUACUUGAAAUGAUACGCCGUUGAGGAGAUGCAACCUGGUCCAGAUAUGGCAGGGGAAGGCCAAGCGUCUGCUCUCAGAUCCCCCGGCACCUCACUCAGUGCCUCGGCUGGGUCGGAUUUAGCUGCAAGCAGCCUGGCCUCCCUCCGGGUAGCUCAGAGUGGAGCUUGAUGUCUUCUUGUGACAAGAGCAAUCUUCACUAGGCAUCAUGGGUGCUGUGUGUUUCCACUGCGAGUGAGCCUGUGUUGCUGUGAUCUGCCGCCCAUGCUCUAUUCCUUGAUCAUGAAUUGACAGUCAUGUCAGGGCUGUUUUUAAUGGCUUUUAUUGAAGUUUUUUUUUAAAGUACACUAGCAAUUUUAUUAAGGCACUAGCCUGAGUUAGCCUUUACUGAAACUUGACUAACGAUAUUGAGAUCACCAUGCCCGUCUGCCGGUGCAUUGAGCCAAUCCACAUUGAUUGAAUUCAUAGAAGCCCAGUCUAUAUUUUAAUUCUGGAGAUUUGAUUUAUGUAUUCGCAUUCAAGACUGGAGAUCUCA